AGAGAGAGAGAGAGAGAGAGAGAGAGAGAGAGAGAGAGAGAGAAAAAUAACCAUAAGACAAAAGACAGCGCUAAACUAGCAAUAGAAGAACAUCAAGGGGAAAAAAAAAAGUGAAUAAAGCAAUGAAACAAGGAAAUUAACCAGACUCCAUCCCCACUCUCCACUCCUUCCACUCACCACCACCACACCACCACUACCCUUGAGACCGCAGAUAAACAAUUAACCCUUUCAAAACCCUUACAAAACCCUUUCUUCCCCAUUCAAAACACCCAGCUAAACCAUUUAUCUCUGAUUCAAAGCCCCACACGAGCUAUAUAUCCACUUCCCAGUCUGGAGAAGACAGCGGUACCUCAGACACUUCGUAACCGCUUCGUCGAGAGCUCACCAUCAGCAGACACACCAUGGCCGCCACCCCCCGCGAAGGACUACAGGCGGGAGGUGGACGCGGUGUACCCGGAGCCGCUGUCCCGCCUGAGCCGCGUGGUAGAGACUCACCCGCACGCCUACAAGCGAGCCAUCAAGAAGAAGAUGAACCGCAGUGGCCGCGCUUCAGAACCACGCCAGUCACCUUCGAUGAGAUCAAGGAGGUGGACGAGGAGGGAGAAGCCGCCGGAGAGGACAACCAGGGCAGUGCCGCCGCUGCCUCCCGCUCUGAGCACGACCUCCGCCAGCAGUUUGAGAAGUUCCUUGAGCGGAUGGACCGAAAGCGCCCCUACCCUCAGCGCCUCCAGCAGGGCAUGACGGAGGUGUCGCCGCCCUCCAUCCCUGAAGACGACUUCCCCAAGAAUUACAGUCGGAAAGCUAGACCGUCAAUAUGAGAGGCCACCCGCUGCUCCCACGCCCCGCCCCGCCUCGUGAUCCUGGGCUUCCCUCUUCCAACUAGUGGUUGCGGGGUGACGUCGAGGCUCCGCACUCACCCCGCUGUUGUUGCCUCGACGCAGAUGCCACUUGAAGACUCCGGACGUAGCAGCCUCGGGUGUGCGUUUGCUUGUUAAGGUUCUCCGUUGGUCCGUCCCGUUUCCAUCAUCGCCACCAGGAGCAGGGGAAGGAAGCCUCGUGUAUAUCUUUUCAUAUCUGCCUUAUAGAAAGAUUUUAUAUUAUAACUAAGCCAUUUCCAAGCAUAAGCAGUUUUUAAGAGAGAGAGAGAGAGAGAGAGAGAGAGAGAGAGAGAGAGAGAGAGAGAGAGAGAGAGAGAGAGAGAUUUAAGACGCCGCAGUAUCGGUGUCGUGUAGCGCCUAGAGAGAGAGAGAGAGAGAGAGAGAGAGAGAGAGAGAUUUAUCAUUAUAUUAUCUCACUGCUGCUCUAGCGCGGUGCAGUGACUUGGGAAGCACAAGAAUAAACACAAAAUUAUAAUGAACAAAACUAUUACUGAGUCAGAUAUGAUAUGCAUUGUUUGCCCACCUUUUGUUAAUGUACAGAUACGUCAUGAAAACCGUCAUUUUUUUUUUUCUUAAGUUGAUCAGGAGACAUGACAUUAUGUAUUCACAUAUUAUUUCAAAAUUAUUCUAUUAAUCCUGUGUGAACCAUGUAUUAUAGUUACAAAUCCCAUGAUUUUGUUGUGGGUAGACAUGUUUUAUGUUUAGAUGUUGAUUAAUGCAUAAAUGUGUAUACAUGUAUAUAAAAUCAAGCUUAUGAACUGUUUCCACUUGGAAUUUGUUUUAGAAAUUUAUGUCAGCAAUUGUUUUAGUAAGACUGGUAGCCCGCUUUAAAUGUUCAUUAUUAUUAUUAUUAUUAUUAUUAUUAUUAUUAUUAUUAUUAUUAUUAUUAUUACUAUUAUUAUUAUUAUUAUUAUUAUUAUUAUUAUUAUUAUUAUUAUUAUUGAGUUACGUUCAAAACAUCCAACAGCUUGCUGCGAAAAAUGAAUGUGAUAAAGCCAGGAAGCAAUGCCUCAUGUGUAUCUAUCAAGAAGACUGUAUAUAGAAGAUAGAUAGUUAUAUUUCAUUGCUAUCUUUCACUCUCCAUGGUUUGUGAAUAACAGCUUGCAGUGCACACACCUCCACUUUGAGUUUCCCUUCUGUUCAUGGAGUGAGAACUGGGAAGAAUUGUUUGAUGUGAGAGGAGAAGACCUUGUCUCUCAUUGAUCAUGUUAAGCCACAGCUGAGGCAAUAUGCCAGGAUAUAGACUACAGGAAAGGGUGAACCUGCACGUUGCUUGUUGAGUGAAUGGACAGAAAUGGCUGAUACUGGUUAUAUCUUACUUAUGCCAACCACAAGGUGAUCCACAGGUCCACUUGGUGAGGAUAAGGUUGAAAAAGAAAGUUAAUAAACAAUAGCAGAGGAAUUGAUCAUGUAACCUUAAGGAAAAACAAAGGUCUGGUAUAUGAAAGAGUUAUAAAAGGACUUUUGCUUACAUUUGCCUCAGAGAUACAGAUGAUAAGUGUAGGGGAAAAAAAGGGGGAGGGGGGCAGUUAAAUAACUCUCCCAAAGAAAUAUACAAGAGGGGCAGGUAGUGAGGGAAAGGAUGACAUUCAGCUGAAGAAACAUUUGUGUAAUUCAUUGCAAGACACCUAGAUGGAAGCAGUCUUAGUAUGACAGAUGGUUGGUGAAAUGUUCUCAGUCACUGGCAUUGUGACAGAAACAAGAAUUGCUUGGAUCUAAUGACCCCAGUGAUGUAAGGUCACAUCAUAUCAUAGCCUCUGUUGACUUUCCACAGCAUUUGUUGCUUUGUGUUUCCUAUUUAGUAUAACAGUGGCAGCACCAGAUGUUGUCCAUGGGAGGAAGCUUAGGGAUGGCGGUCAGUGAAUGUUGUAAUUAUGCUGUGCUAGGUGAUGAAGACUUUCAUUUCUUUAAAGGAAUGAAGCAUGGGAGGCUUACAUGGUGCUGAGAGAGAUUAUAGAGUUGGGGUGAAGCCUUUCAAAUGGAAGUGUUGCCACUGGCCUAUAUGCACACUUGUACUGAAAUGUACAUAGUGUUACUCAAAAUAAUCUCAUUUACAUAGGAAUUUUUCCAGAGAUUUAGUAAUGAUUUAUACUUCCACUUUCCUUUAGUUAAUGAUGCAAUUAUUUGGAAGUGAUGAAGUACAUAGUCCACCACUGAUCUUUACUUGCUUGCCCUAGCAAUUUUACUUACAAAAAUUCUUCUCUUCAUUAUUCACAAUUGCACUAUCAGUGUGGCUUCCAAACACAUAGUAUUUCUAGCACCACCUCAUUUCUGAUACUAAAUAUCUUAUGUAACCCACUGAUAUCUGUCAGCAUGUUAGUCUGCUUUCCAUGAAAGCAUUUUGUGAUUUUCAGUUUAUAGAUAACAAACUUGCUUAGCCUUACAAACUAAAAUCAAAACACUUAGAGAUAAAUCAAGCAAAACAUUGUGAAAUUUGAAACAGAUCAUCAUGGGUUAGUGUAUAAACCAAACUUGAAAAAUAAGCUUGUUACUAAUGAGAGGACACUUGCAAAUUCCCUUCCGUGUUUGGCCAUGAUAAUGACACAUUGGCAGGUGUGGAGGCACCAAGAGGUUUUCUAGUAGGAUUCUUGAAAUGAUCAGUGUCUCGUUAAUGUGAGACGUUUUGAAGAGGUCUAGAAAGUGAUGAACAGCCACUUAUGUGAAAACAGUGGGAGACAUGAAUUCAUCUAGUGCACAGAAGGGGUAGAACAGAGAUUUAUGAAAUGAUAGAUAGCCACUCAUGUGAGUUGAAAAUGUGAGUUCAACUGAUCCUAUAGAAGCCUUGCGAGUAAUUCAUUGAUUUGUUGUUGUUAUUAUUAUUAUUGUUAUUAUUAUUAUUAUUAUUAUUAUUAUUAUUAUUAUUAUUAUUAUUAUUAUUAUUAUUAUUAUUAUUAUUAUUAUUAUUACUGUUAUUUUUUGUCAUUAUUACUAUUAUUAUUAUUUAAUGAAGUUUAUCCCAUCACAGUGCCACACUAUCUUAGAUCACUCAUUCUAUUUUAAUUUAUAUUUCUUUAUGAGUUUAGCUUAUAAUGUGUCCAGUAAUGUGAUGUAAAAUUAUAUAUAUCAGAAACAC